GACAGUACACUCUCAUUUCCGGCAGACGUGCUGGCAAAGUGUAAACAAGGAAGGCUGAGCCCGGCAAUGGCCGCCAAAGUACUUUUAAUUCAACGCCUGAAGUUGGAAUCCGUUUAAAAUCAGCCACGGGAAGGUUUUGUUCACAUAUAAUUCGCUGUGCGGGCUUUGGUUUGUACGUUUGUUUUAAAAAUGGAGCAGAAGCUUGCCGAGUUUAGGGCACGUCGACAGGCUGAGAAGAGAGAUGACGAUGAGCAUAAGGACACUUUGGAGAAAGAAACCGAAAGUGUGAAACAAUUGGAGCCUUUGGAACACUCUUUAGGCAAGAACUCCCAAACUCAGGGUGGUAAAGACCGGCUGCCGGACAGCGCCCAUGGAAGUGGGCUGGCCAGAAGAAAAUAUGUCACAUCAAGCAUCACUUGGCUCAAAGUUCUGCUCUGGGUGGUCCUGUUGGGCUUUUUUUCAGAACUGGAGUUUGGUUUGGCGUUCUUCCUCACCUCCCUUUUCUACUGGCUGUAUGCAGGACUGCGCAGCCCGUCAGCGAGGAGGCCCGGAGAAAUGAGCGCUUAUUCGGUCUUCAAUCCAAACUGUCAGCCUCUGUUGGGUACUCUCACUGCGGAGCAGCUGGAGGGGGAAAUGGGUUACAGGCCCCAGGCACACACAUGAAAUGAUUCUAAACUAGUUCAUAUAAAGUGCAUUAUGUCCAUUUUUGUUUUAUAUUUGAACAUGUGUGUAAUUAAGAACAGGGGUUGUCUUGCACAUUUGCAGUUUAAGAUAAUGCUAGUUUCUCAACUAAUUUAACCUCUAUUUGAAUUGUAUUAUAUAAUGUACAGCCUAAUAAUAAUAAAAAUACACAAAUUAUUUGUUUAAAAA